UUUGAAUAAAACAGCGGGGGAAUUUACAUUAACCAACCAACCAACCAUGGCGUACCAAAGAAGUUAUGUUGAGUCUUUGAUUGUUGAAGACAGCAGGGAACCACAGAAACCGAUAGACAGAGAAAAAACAUGUCCACUACUUUUGAGGGUGUUUUGUAGCACAGGUCGACAUCAUAUGCUUAGUGAGUUUGCCAGAGGGAAUACACCAACCAAUGAACUACAGAUAUAUACAUGGCUGGACGCGACAUUGAAGGAACUAACAAAUCUUGUCAAAGAGGUAAACCCCGAUGCCAGACGAAAGGGAACGUUCUUUGAUUUCGCUAUUGUGUACCCUGACCCUAGAUCACCCACUUACCGUCUGCGAGAAAUAGGAACAACUUGCUCAGGACGAAAGACUGCCGAUGAUUCUGUAACCCUAGCCAUGAAGAAAUUUCAGAUUGGAGAUUAUUUGGACAUUGCCAUAUCACCUCCACGCCCAGGACCUCCACCAUCACGAGCAAGAAGACCAUACUAGUUUCUGUUAGAGAAUUUUUCUUUUUGAAAAAAGUUUACCAUUUAAAACAAAUUGUAGGAGCAUGUCAGAUGUUUUGGCAUGUUCCUAUUAGCUGAGAUAACGUUUUUUGCUUAGAAUGUAAACUGGUGAUGUCUCAGUGUAUUGUGAAAAAACAGACUGUGUGAAGAAAUGGACGAGAGCCAUCUCAUUUGUUUUGAAAACCAUUUAUAUCAUUAAAGAAACCUCUGUGUAACUCAUGCCAUUAAAAAUCCAUUAAAACUUUUGACCAUGUGAUUUCUGCUAUAUUUAUGAAUCUCUUGAUGUGCUUCUUGAACAGCUGGCACUUGUUUAUAGAGUAUCUUUGAUUUGUUCUUUACUUCCACUAGCCAGAACAACUAAUUUAAAUUUGUAUAUUAACAAAAACAUUUAUUCCAUCAAUGUAUAAUUUUGUCUUAUCAUUACAUAUGGCAGUUCGUUUUGAAAUAUUUUUUUCGUUGUAAAACAUUUUUUUAGGCUCAGUUAAUCAAACAUAAGUUUGAAGCCUAUUCAUGUGGAAACUUUUAUUUGUGUGAUGUUAUUAAGUAUUUUUUCAAUUUAUUUAAUAAAAAGAAGAAAUGUUUUAUUUAAGGACACGCUCGACACUUUUAAUUAUGGCUAUAUUUGCAUCAGAAUAUGUAAUAAAAAGCAAUUGAAUUCUAUCUAAAGAAAUAUUUCAACGUUUUCGUUUUGUUGUUUUCUGGACAAAGAAACUCACGGUGGUUAAAAAGUUAUAUUGAUAUGAAUAAUAGAUUUACAUUUAGUACCUUUUUUUCUGUUUGCAGAUUCUGUGAUCAGGUAGCAUUACACUCCUCAAUGUUUAUUGUAUUUUGUCACUGCACUUUUCUUAAUCAUUAUGUUGGGUUUAAAACAUUUUUUAGGUAGUAUCAACUCAAAUUGGCUUCUUAAUACACAAUCUUUAGAAACCUAAGUUGAAAUGUUUUGGGAUUUAUUUCAGUCAGUAGAGUGCUCGUCUGAGGUGCUUGGAUCGUAGGAUACAACCUCCUCGGCAGGUUUAUUGUGCUUUAUCCUGCAACCACCGUUUCUGUUGACAGAAUAUUAUGACGGAUAAAGCUUUUGACAUCACACGCAUAGCUACAUUACAAAAUUGCUCAUUUGACCUUUAUGUCAUCGUAUAAAUGUGGCUGAAAUAAUAGCGUUUUCCCUUAAUUUUUCAUGGUCUGCAGGAUAAAGAUAAUUACUAAUUAAUGACGUCCGAUAUCUGCUUUAUCCUGUUCAGGCCGAAUGAGAAAUUCCGCUCAGCAGAGCCUUUUUGGAAUUUUCCAUUCUUACCGUAACAGGAUAAAGCAGAUAUCCGACAUCAUUAAUUAGUUAUUCUCAAUUUUCCCCCAUUCCAACCAGUGCCGCUACCCUGACCGAUAUAUCACUGUGAUCAUGUGCUGUCCUCACUGGGAAAGUGCAUAUAAAAUAUCUUUUGCUGCUGAUGUAUAAAUCUAGUGGAAUUGUUAAACAAAAGCUUCCACUUUAAGUAGCAUAUUCUACACUGUAUGUUGUAAGUUUGGUCAAGAAUUCUUGCUGUGUCCAAGCAUUGAAAAGAAGGAAUUGAAACCUACAUUUGUUGGGUUUGAGAGUCCACCUCAUUGUCUAAUAAAACUCAUUUCACUGA